GAUAUGGCAACCACCGAACCACAUAAUCAGAGUCGCAGACACAAAGCCCUAUCCCCCAAACACCAAAUUCAGCACCACCAUUUGCAGAUACGAUGCCGGCCGGCGAGCUCCGGCAGUCAGAGUCCUCGGAGGCAGAGGCCGAGCAGUGGCUGUGGGCCCAGAUCAAAGCGGAGGCGCGGCGCGACGCCGAGUCGGAGCCGGCUCUGGCCAGCUAUCUCUACUCGACCAUCCUGUCGCACUCGUCGCUGGAGCGAUCGCUGUCGUUUCACCUCGGUAACAAGCUCUGCUCCUCCACGCUCCUCUCCACCCUCCUCUACGACCUCUUCCUCAACACCUUCUCCUCCGACUCAUCCCUACGCGCCGCCGCCGUCGCCGAUUUACGCGCCGUGCACGAGCGUGACCCCGCCUGCGUGUCCUUCUCUCACUGCUUGCUCAAUUACAAGGGCUUCCUGGCGUGUCAGGCUCAUCGUGUGGCACAUAAGCUAUGGAUUCAGUCACGCAGGCCACUGGCGCUUGCGCUCCACUCGCGGAUAGCCGACGUGUUCGCGGUGGAUAUUCACCCCGCGGCGAGGAUCGGAAAAGGGGUGCUGUUCGACCACGCGACGGGAGUGGUGGUCGGGGAGACGGCGGUGAUAGGAAACAACGUCUCCAUACUCCACCACGUGACGCUUGGAGGGACAGGAAAGGCCGGCGGAGACAGGCAUCCGAAGAUCGGCGACGGGGUACUUAUCGGGGCCGGUGCAACGAUAUUGGGGAAUGUGAAGAUUGGAGAGGGUGCGAAGAUUGGGGCUGGGUCGGUGGUGCUUAUUGACGUGCCGGCGAGGACUACGGCGGUGGGGAAUCCUGCGAGGUUGGUUGGCGGGAAGGAGAAGCCGUCGAAGCAUGAGGAUGUGCCUGGAGAAUCCAUGGACCAUACUUCGUUUAUAUCGGAGUGGUCUGACUAUAUUAUAUAGGUUUCUGUCAAUUUUGAUUUUGCUUGCGACGCAUCAUACUAUGUUGAACAAUAUUACUAGCCAUAUCUAUUUGGACUAGCAUUAUUGUUUCCCCAAAGUUCAAUUUGAGGAUGAAGAAUAAAGAAGCUGUUCCACUGCAUCAAA